AUGGCAUCUCACACACUCGCUAUCGCAAAGGCCUCCUUCACUGCUGGCCUCUUACGACCAGAUCCCACAUCGGUUUCCAAAGAUGAGAUCGCGACCUUUCACUCGUCCCUCGAACGCGCCCUAUCGCAUUGCUCCCCAGCAAACAUCCAGACCUGCAAAGCCUGGCUGCUCCACUAUGUUGCUUCCUCAGCGAACCGCCUAGCGGGGCUGGCCAAGUAUCUGGUUGCGCUGGCCGGAUCCUUGGAUGUUCCCCCAGGCGCUCGGCCCAAACCGUCUCCGAAGCGUCGACGGCUCCACAUACUUUAUCUGCUCAAUGAUCUGUUCCACCAUAGCAAGUACCACCUGGAUACAACGGCAACCUUCUCCACGGUCAGCGGGUCCUUACAGCCACAUAUGGUGGAUCUGCUCGGCCACGCUGCAGCCCACGAUAGGCAGAAGAAUCCCCGCCAUCACCGCCGACUUGAUGAUCUGCUGGAUAUCUGGUCCGAGCACGGAUACUUUGGGCCCGACCUGAUCCAUCGACUGCGGGAGAUCACAAAGCACUCAGCCUCGACCGGGGCCGCCCCGCUAUCGAACGAUGUUGAGAACUAUGGCGCCGACUCUGGCAAGAAGUUACCCGGGAAAGAUGCUCCUUUUAUCAUGCCAUCCACCCAUGGAGAUCACUCCACACCCUAUUAUGAUCUGCCGGCAGGCAACUGGCUUCCUCACAUAAUCCCUAAUUCCACCAUCCCUCUUCACCCGGAGAGUAUCAAACCAUUACAAUUCCUGGCUGGUCCUGCGGAUGAGAGCCUUGUCAAUGCUCUCAAGGGGUUCUUGAAAGAUGUGGACCAGAUUUACGGCACCGAGGAACUUGUCCGGGGCGACGAAAAUAUUGACAUAGACGAGUUGGGUCAGAGAGUCACAAGAGAUGAGAUUACAGGAGACAUCAUCGAUGGUGAAACCUACUACGGCUGGUCCCGUGAAUUUUGUCGUCAAAUGAAAAAGAAGAAGACAUCCGACUCUCCCAGUCGAGGUCACAGCGAAGCUCAACAGGGUCUCAAACGCCGCUAUAGUGAUAGCUCCAUGAGUGACCGAAGCAGGCGAUCAGACUCACAACCCCGAAGCCGUUCCCGGGCCGAUGGUCCUGAGGCUCGUCAAUAUGGAUCGCGGCCACGGUCCCGGUCCAGAGGCCGAGGCCGUUCCCCACUGCGAUCACGUAGUCGGGAAAGCUCAUACUCACCCCGGCAGCCAUCUCCACCCCGAUUUCCUCCUCCCCACCAAGCUUCACAUGCCCUUCCACCCCCACCUCCACAUCCCAGUCAUCCCCUUCCUCCUGCUCCCUCUCACCCGUAUGGCCACCAAUAUGGUUUUCCUCCCCCGCCUCCACAGGCCUACUCAGGCGGUUGGCCACCUGCCCCACCCCCACACUUGCCGGCCAUGCCUUUCCCCCCACCUGGUCCGGGUAUGAAUCAUUCGGCCUUUCCCCCUACCUUUUAUCCUCCUCAACAGAUGAACAUGCCUCCACAACAGGGGAACAUGCAUCCUGGUCAGCAUAUGCCCCCUAGUCAACCUCUUCCUCCAGGGCAAUACCGUUUCCCUCCUCCCCAUUCUGGCGGCCAAGGCCAACAUGGUGACUCUUGGGGACCACCGGCAGGACGGAGUUGGCGCUAG